AUGAUUAAUUAUAAAGAAAACGAAAUUACAAAAAGCUUUUUGGAUGCUGAUAAAAUCAUCAAGAAUUUACCAAUUGGAGAAAAAAAAUCGCUAGGAAAAAAUUUUUUCCAUAUUAUUGAACAAAUACACUCAAAUAAUGAAUACACAAGCAAAUCUAUUAACACGCAAGAGAUCACUGAGAAGUUAUCGAAAAUUGCCGUUAAAUAUAUGAGUGCUGCAGAGCGAAAACCUUUAACCGGUCAUAAUGAUUUACUAUGGUCAGCUGCAGCCAAUUUAUAUGGUAUAAUGCCAAACGAGAGUGAUUUAAACGAGAAGAAGACGGCUAAGAUUUUUACAACUUCUUUAAGUGUAGAAGAAAUAUUUACCGGACGAGAAAUUAUUGUACCAAAAUAA